AUGGGACAGCUGAGAGAACGGAUUAGUGACGAAGCCAAGAUCGAUCCCACAUGCAUGAAAAUCAUACACAGGGGUAAGACUAUCCAAGGGAACGAUGACCUGUCAUUGUUGGAUUUGAAAUUCAAAGAGAACGACAAACUUCUAAUCAUGGGAAAAGUCUCCACAACCAUGAAGGAUGAUGCUGGAUUCUCCGCUCUUACUAUCCAAGGGAACGAUGACCUGUCAUUGUUGGAUUUGAAAUUCAAAGAGAACGACAAACUUCUAAUCAUGGGAAAAGUCUCCACAACCAUGAAGGAUGAUGCUGGAUUCUCCGCUCUUGUUUCUUACGAGAAUAGCAACCUGGUACCACUUCAAAAGCUACACGAAGACAUAGAACGGGACCUAUCUGCAAUGGAAUUAAACUAUUUGGAUGGUGCACCCAUUGCAAAUUCUAAUGUACAUGCUUAUUUCUAUGUUUGUCUUCACUGUAUUGUAGACUUCGUGCUAAAAAUUUUUGAUAAUAAUAAUAAAUGCUUUUUAGUUGAAAAGUCACUGGAAAUGGUUAAGAAAAUGGAGAAGAGAUUAGCUCAGUUUACGGAAACCUCUAUGAAACAUCUAGAAGGUUUGGACAGUCUGAGCAUUAUAGGCGAGCUUACAACUGAAAACCAGGCUACUAGAAAUCGGGAAAAGCGGAAGUCCCUUGUAGAUGGAAUCCAUACUCUUAUGAACGGAAAUGAUAAGCAUGUUCGUCGGCUUGAA